GCCCAAAUGAAUCAUUCUGGUUCUUUCCAGGUUCCACAAGAGGAUGAUCCGCGAGAGGAAGUCCUGUCACACCACAAGCCGUGACAUGAAUAAUCUGUCCAGUAAACAGUCUGUCAGGGAAUAAGACAAGCUUAAAACUGAACGCUAAGGCUGUCGCUUCGAACCAAAACGAAUCCAAUACAUUUAUUUCACCCAUUUUACCCGCUGGGGUGGUGGUCGACGAGUUCCGCGCAUGCGCCGUGGCGUCUCUGCUGCGGUGCGCCGGCUGCCAAGGAAACGCGCGCGCGUGCACGCGGAGGAGGCGCGCCCCCUUCCAUCCGAUUCUCAGUAGAGCCGCUCCUGAUCUCCUCCUCCUCCUCCUCCUCCUCAGCACCGUGUCCACAAUCACACCGUGACCAUGGCGCAGGUCGGUAAAGCCCACGGCUCGUGAGGUGUAACCGAGGAGCUGCUGCUGGAGUGAACAGAGAGGGAGGAGAGCAUCACCGCUGCAGCCAUGCCACUGGUGAAGCGGAGCAUUGAGCCCAGGCACCUGUGUCGAGGAGCGCUGCCUGAAGGUGUGACCAGUGAGCUGGAGUGUGUGACCAACAGCACUCUCGCGGCCAUUAUCAAACAGCUGGGAGGACUCAGUAGACAUGCAGAGGACAUCUUCGGAGAGCUGUUUAACGAAGCUAACAGCUUCUAUAUGCGUAUGAACAGCCUGCAGGAGAAAGUGGAUCUGCUGGCAGUGAAGGUCACACAACUCGACUCCACUGUUGAAGAGGUUUCCCUGCAAGACAUCAACAUGAGAAAGGCCUUCAAGAGCUCCACUAUCCAGGACCAACAGGUGGUCUCCAGAAAUUCCAUCCUGAACUCAGUGAUGGAGAUGUACCAACGCUGUGACAAGCCACCUCCUCUCAACAUCCUCACUCCAUACAGAGAUGACAAGAAGGACGGCCUGAAGUUUUAUACAGACCCCUCGUACUUCUUUAACCUCUGGAAGGAGAAAAUGCUGCAGGCCACAGAGAACAAGAGAAAGGAAAAGAGAAGGCAGAAGCAAGAGCAGAAACAUCUCGAAGAUCCGACUCGAGAAGUGAAGAAGGUGAGGAAGGCUCGAAACCGGCGUCAGGAGUGGAACAUGAUGGCUUAUGACAAGGAGUUCCGUCCAGACACUCGCCUCACGCCGUCUCCAUACCACGGCGUCUCGUCUGAAGGCUCCUUAUCUCCGGACAGGUCUGGAAUGUCGGAUGAGCACUCGUACCCCACCAGCCCCAACCACCCUCAGGAUACAGGUGGCACAGGAAGUGAUGGGAAGGACACCGGCCCCACCCAGACCCAGUCCCUGGAUCGUGCGUAUCGGCCCCCUGUCUCCACCUCCGCCAGCACCCGCCAACACUCAUUGGGUCGUGUGCAGCAGCAUCAUGGAGCUCCGCCCCCUGACCCCUCCGUUAAUGGCCCCCGACCUUCUGCUGCCAAAGAUUACAGUGGCCAUCAGAUGCAGGAACAUUUCAUCCCUCCUGCUCCUCCUCCUCCUCCCCCAGUAAUCCCCUCGGCUCAGACAGCCUUCGACAGCACCUCUGUUCCACCGGCUCUGGCACCGGGAACAGUGUCAGCUCUGUCACGUCCCUACAGCCCGUCUCCUCCGCCUGUACCACCUUCAGCUUAUGUCCCGUCUCCUUCCCACCCUGUGAGCGCUGGAGGUCCUCCAGUUGCCCCGCCCCCUCCACCUCCAGGACCCCCCACACACGCUCCAUCACCGGCCAGAGCUACUGCGCAUCCAUCUGGAGAGGGUACGCUGCCCAGGAAGGGCACGGUGCCCCUGAUACCCAUAAGUGACGCUCGCAGCGAUCUGCUGGCUGCCAUCCGCAGAGGUAUCCAGCUACGUAAAGUGCAGGAGCAGAGAGAGCAGGAGGCGAAGAAGGAGCCGGUGGGUAACGAUGUGGCCACCAUUUUGUCUCGCCGCAUCGCUGUGGAGUACAGUGAAUCAGACGAGGACUCUGAGCCCGAGGAGAACGAGUGGUCUGACUGAGGAGAGAACCUGACCGGUCAUGUGCUGUACACACUGCUGCUAAUUUCCCGCACCAGAACACACACUCUCUUCAUACAGACAGACAGACAGAGGGACAGACAGACAGAGGGACAGACAGAGGGACAGACAGACAGACAGAUAGACAGACAGACAGAGGGACAGACAGACAGACAGACAGACAGGGGGACAGACAGAGGGACAGACAGACAGACAGACAGAGGAACAGACAGACAGAGGGACAGACAGACAGCCAGAGGGACACACAGACAGACAGACAGACAGAGGGACAGACAGACAGAGGGACGGACAGACAGACAGAGGGACAGACAGACAGAUAGACAGACAGACAGACAGAUGAACAGACAGACAGGGGGACAGACAGACAGACAGACAGGGGGACAGACAGACAGGGGGACAGACAGACAGACAGAGGAACAGACAGACAGAGGGACAGCCAGACAGCCAGAGGGACACACAGACAGACAGACAGACAGAGGGACAGACAGACAGAUAGAGGGACAGACAGAGGGACAGACAGGGACAGACAGAUAGACAGAGGGACAGACAGACAGAUAGACGUAUUUAUUACCAACUACACAAGAGUAAAAAUAAGAGCAGGGAAAGGUGCAGUGGAGAGAAGGCAGGACUGAGUGAGAGGAAGAAGGGAGCGUGCAAUAGAAAGGAUGUGUGGAACGGCAGAAGAAAGAUGAGAGCGAGGGAUGGAAGAAAUAGAAGAAAUAGCAGUGUGGCUGGUUGGUGACGUUUAUAUUGUACGUAAGCACAGAAGUCUAUCAUACAGUGAGAACUUAAAAAUACAAUAUAUGUAUUUGUUCCUUCAGAGUUGUUCAACGUUGCCAAGAAUACUUUACUUGUUGUGUGCUUUUGAUUAGAGUUUUUAAUAUUUGUCCAGAGAAUUAUAAACGUGUAACAGUACACAUUUCACCAAAACAUCCAUUUAGCAGUGGUAUAUACUGUAUACUGUAUAUAUACACACACACAUGUAUUAGCUUUAUAUAAAGAUAAGAAGCAUGAUAGAGUACUGCUUCCACUACCAGUCUCUCCAGGAUGUCUGUCUGCGUAUGUGAUACUCUCAGUAAAUGAUUAUUAUUAUUAUUAUUAUGGACGCUGAACACGCCGCUCAGCAGUACACCUAUAACCAGAUCCGCAGUACCGUGAUCCGACCGCUGCUGUACCACACUUUCCACAACUCUCAAUGAUCAGAUAUUUCAUUUGUCACUUUGUUUAAUUGUUGAGUGUUGUGGUGCGUAACUUAGUGACUUGUUUAUCCUUCUCAGUGGAUGCUUAUGGACAUUACUGAAUCUGAAUCUGAAAGUCAUGACCUUCUUGUUUUUUUUUCUUUCUUUCUGUAAAAUUAAUGAUCAAAGAUGGCAUUAAGUAAUGUGUGUGUGUGUGUGUGUGUGUGUGUGUGUGUGUGUGUGUGGAGGUUGGAUGUUGGUAGAGAGUGAGCUACUAAUAUCUAAAGUUUAUGUUGUGAUAUGUUUCACACACCUCCAGCUGUUAGAUGUAUGUAAACAUAACUAAAUGCUCCCACAGCUGGACUCGACACAGUUGGUGGUCUGUUGUGAUCCGUCAUUACCAUAUGUAAUUUAUAACUACAUUAUUAAUGUGUUUUACAAUUUAUUGUAUAGAUUUUUGUAACACUGCUUGUAAGAUGAAUUUGGGUAUCUAAGUAUAAAAGAACUAUUUAUCACAUGGAACAAAUAUAGAUCAAAUAUGCAUGUGUGCGUAGUUAAUAAAACAGAGUAAAAAACGUUAUGAAUGAUA